AUGGUCAUAGAAAUGCAAGGCAGUCUCAAUAAUCCUUCAGUUUGUAGUAACUGUAAUAUUGCAGGCAGUGUCAAUAAUCCUUCAGUUUCUAGUAACUGUAAUAUUGCAGGCAGUGUCAAUAAUCCCUCAGUUUCUAGUAACUGUAAUAUUGCAGGCAGUGUCAAUAAUCCUUCAGUUUCUACUAACUGUGAUAUUGCAGGCAGUGUCAAUUAUCCUUCAGUUUCUAGUAACUGUAAUAUUGCAGGCAGUGUCAAUAAUCCUUCAGUUUCUACUAACUGUAAUAUUGCAGGCAGUGUCAAUAAUCCUUCAGUUUGUAGUAACUGUAAUAUUGCAGGUAGUGUCAAUAAUCCUUCAGUUUCUACUAACUGUAAUAUUGCAGGCAGUGUCAAUUAUCCUUCAGUUUCUAGUAACUGUAAUAUUGCAGGCAGUGUCAAUAAUCCUUCAGUUUCUACUAACUGUAAUAUUGCAGGCAGUGUCAAUAAUCCCUCAGUUUUUAGCAGUGUCAAUAAUCCCUCAGUUUCUAGUAACUGUAAUAUUGCAGGCAGUGUCAAUAAUCCUUCAGUUUCUAGUAACUGUAAUAUUGCAGGCAGUGUCAAUAAUCCUUCAGUUUCUACUAACUGUAAUAUUGCAGGCAGUGUCAAUAAUCCUUCAGUUUCUAUUUCUACUAACUGUGAUAUUGGAGGCAGUGUCAAUAAUCCCUCAGUUUCUAGUAACUGUGAUAUUGGAGGCAGUGUCAAUAAUCCCUCAGUUUCUAGUAACUGUGAUAUUGGAGGCAGUGUCAAUAAUCCCUCAGUUUCUAGUAACUGUAAUAUUGCAGGCAGUGUCAAUAAUCCUUCAGUUUCUACUAACUGUGAUAUUGGAGGCAGUGUCAAUAAUCCCUCAGUUUCUAGUAACUGUGAUAUUGGAGGCAGUGUCAAUAAUCCCUCAGUUUCUAGUAACUGUGAUAUUGGAGGCAGUGUCAAUAAUCCCUCAGUUUCUAGUAACUGUAAUAUUGCAGGCAGUGUCGAUAAUCCUUCAGUUUCUAGUAACUGUAAUAUUGCAGGCAGUGUCAAUAAUCCCUCAGUUUCUAGCAGUGUCAAUAAUCCCUCAGUUUCUAGUAACUGUAAUAUUGCAGGCAGUGUCAAUAAUCCUUCAGUUUCUAGUAACUGUAAUAUUGCAGGCAGUGUCAAUAAUCCUUCAGUUUCUACUAACUGUAAUAUUGCAGGCAGUGUCAAUAAUCCUUCAGUUUCUAUUUCUACUAACUGUGAUAUUGGAGGCAGUGUCAAUAAUCCCUCAGUUUCUAGUAACUGUGAUAUUGGAGGCAGUGUCAAUAAUCCCUCAGUUUCUAGUAACUGUGAUAUUGGAGGCAGUGUCAAUAAUCCCUCAGUUUCUAGUAACUGUAAUAUUGCAGGCAGUGUCAAUAAUCCUUCAGUUUCUACUAACUGUGAUAUUGGAGGCAGUGUCAAUAAUCCCUCAGUUUCUAGUAACUGUGAUAUUGGAGGCAGUGUCAAUAAUCCCUCAGUUUCUAGUAACUGUGAUAUUGGAGGCAGUGUCAAUAAUCCCUCAGUUUCUAGUAACUGUAAUAUUGCAGGCAGUGUCGAUAAUCCUUCAGUUUCUAGUAACUGUAAUAUUGCAGGCAGUGUCAAUAAUCCCUCAGUUUCUAUUUCUACUAACUGUGAUAUUGGAGGCAGUGUCAAUAAUCCCUCAGUUUCUAGUAACUGUGAUAUUGGAGGCAGUGUCAAUAAUCCCUCAGUUUCUAGUAACUGUGAUAUUGGAGGCAGUGUCAAUAAUCCCUCAGUUUCUAGUAACUGUAAUAUUGCAGGCAGUGUCAAUAAUCCUUCAGUUUCUACUAACUGUGAUAUUGGAGGCAGUGUCAAUAAUCCCUCAGUUUCUAGUAACUGUGAUAUUGGAGGCAGUGUCAAUAAUCCCUCAGUUUCUAGUAACUGUGAUAUUGGAGGCAGUGUCAAUAAUCCCUCAGUUUCUAGUAACUGUAAUAUUGCAGGCAGUGUCAAUAAUCCUUCAGUUUCUAGUAACUGUAAUAUUGCAGGCAGUGUCAAUAAUCCCUCAGUUUUUAUUUCUACUAACUGUGAUAUUGGAGGCAGUGUCAAUAAUCCCUCAGUUUCUAGUAACUGUGAUAUUGGAGGCAGUGUCAAUAAUCCCUCAGUUUCUAGUAACUGUGAUAUUGGAGGCAGUGUCAAUAAUCCCUCAGUUUCUAGUAACUGUAAUAUUGCAGGCAGUGUCAAUAAUCCUUCAGUUUCUACUAACUGUGAUAUUGGAGGCAGUGUCAAUAAUCCCUCAGUUUCUAGUAACUGUGAUAUUGGAGGCAGUGUCAAUAAUCCCUCAGUUUCUAGUAACUGUGAUAUUGGAGGCAGUGUCAAUAAUCCCUCAGUUUCUAGUAACUGUAAUAUUGCAGGCAGUGUCGAUAAUCCUUCAGUUUCUAGUAACUGUAAUAUUGCAGGCAGUGUCAAUAAUCCCUCAGUUUCUAGUAACUAA